AUGUCUAAAAAAUCAUCACAACUUUCAGAACGCAACUCUUCUUCCGAUCAAGAGGAUGAGCCCACACGGCGACCUGCCUUCACAGGCUUUCAACGAUUCAUGAAUGCAAUCUUUAUCAUCUCCAUGUGUAUAGAUUACCUUUUGAGUGGAUUUGGAUACGUGUAUUACACCAAAGAUGCCAUUCAAUCCAUGACAAUUUUUGAAACCUUGGAUCUUGUUUCAUCAUCAACAUCGUCUGGGCAGCCAAAACAAAUGGUUGGAAUUGGAAUUUUUUCAAUGUUACUGACUCAAUUAGGAUGGAUUUAUAUUGCUCUGGGAGUUUUGGGCUUGUUGUCUUUAUUUGCUUUUACUCGGAGGAGCAUGUUGCUUUUUGUAAUGUCUCUUGUGAUGAUUAUUACGACAUGCACAAAAAUACAUUACAUUAUUAAGAAUAAUCCUCAUGAAACUCUUUCGUCAGAAUUGAUCGAAAUUGUGAAAUUGGAGGUCGUUCGGCUUGUACUUGGAUUAUUGGUCUGGUUCAUUUCUUUUGUGGAAUAUGUGAGAAUUGAGAAAUAUUUGCCUGGAGCCUCAGAAGUGCAGAAAAACAAGCAAGACUGA